AUGUCAAAAUCAAUUGGCGCUUUGCCGCGCCUGGCUAUGGGCGUCAAGGCCGUUCUCCGACCAGCUCAGCACUGUCACGCAAGGGCAUUCUCGGCGGCUUCACGGUGCCGUACAGAUGGUGUUUACAAGGAGCUUACCUCAAUGCGAAUAAAACUACCUUUUAUUGAAGCACUUAAACGGCAACAACAACAGGGCGAAAAGAGUGAUACCCCGCCUAUUUCAACAGAGAAAGGUCCAAGAGAUUUGGCUCCCAAAUCCAUGUCUGAUAGCUACCACAAACUUAUAUUACCCUUGGCUAGAGAUCCGUGGUUGCUAGACUCAUAUAUCAACUCCUCGGGUCAUAUUAGGCUGGGAACUCUGUUUAUGGACCUUGAUGCUCUCGCCGGGGUGAUUGCUUACAAGCAUACGGGUGACUCGGUCAUGACCGUUACUGCAGCAGUGGAUCGGAUUACACUCAAACGUCCAUUGAACACAAUAUGUGAUCUUGAACUCAGUGGCCAAGUAACGUUUGCAACGGGGAGAAGUAGCAUGGAAGUAUCGUUGCAAGUUGCAAAAGCACCUGAAGAAGGCCAAACAGUCAAAGAAGACGAUGUCUUAAUGACUUGCGCCUUCACCAUGGUAUCUCUAGACCCAGCUACUAAAAAAUCUGUAGCAAUCAGUCCCCUCAAAACCAACACCCCCGAAGAAAAGCGGAUCUUUACGCAAGGCCAGAAAAACUACGAUCUGAAGAAGGCAGCUGGCAAGCUUGCGCUGAGAAAGCAAACUCCCAACGACGAGGAAUCAGACUUGAUCCAUGCCCUUUGGCUUCAACAACUCACCUGGCACGACCCAAGUACCAGUGCCCGGAAACCCAGCAAUUCACUUUCUAUGGCUAGCACACAGAUCCAAUCCGUGCAGAUAAUGCAACCUCAAUACCGCAACCGCCACAACUUCAUGAUCUUCGGCGGGUUCCUCCUAAAAUCUACGUUUGAGCUCGCUUUCACGUGCGCCUCCGCAAUGUCGCACUCUCGCCCCAAAUUCAUCGCCCUCGACCCCUCCACCUUCGAGAACCCCGUCCCGGUAGGCUCAGUGCUGUACCUCACCGCCACUGUAGCCUAUUCAGAUUCGCCGCUCCUGUCCCCAUCCUCGGGAUUCAGCCAGAAAAAAAUGAGUCCUGAGGGGUCUACAAGAGUGCAGAUCAGGGUUGAGAGUAAGGUGAAAAGCAUGGAGCAUGAUGGGGAGACGAAACCUACAGGACUUUUUAGUACGUAUUUGAAAUUUCCUCGAUUUGGCACACCCAAAUUCCUUCUUUUGCCUGUCAUCAAUACAGUAUGCCCCCUAUUAUCCACCCCCCAACACGAGAGCUUCUCAGCCGUCAAGACAGCUGCUUCCGCCGUGCCUCUCCUAGCGCGGACAUUAGAGCCUCAGGACAUUGUGCUGGGAGUGUCAAUAACACCUAGUUGGUGCUGCUAA